GUUGAGAAUUCUGCCAGUUUACUGAUGAGGUGCAGUGAGGGAUCGAUUUUCUACGAGUCUGUGAUCAAACCUGAUCAAUUUGGUACACUGCCAACCCUAACCUCCUUGGACAUCAGGCACUGCAAGGUAUAGUACAUUUUUCCAAGUCAA